CUCUGCAGAUUAGCAAACUGCACAGUAAGUUUGCUACAGCUAAACCCAGAAGGAAAGAGCAAGCAUUUACACAAGGAUUCUGGGCAAAAGCUGGAGCUCAGCUUAUUCGGAACGCAGGUUCGAACAACAAGGAGGAGAAUGACUCACAACUCGUCAGGGUCAUGGGAGUCCAGACAGAGCAGGGUUCCAGGGGACACCCCAGCGCUCUUCCAACACUGAACCUUGGCACAACCAGAUGAUUUCAAAACAGGGUGGUGGUGGCAGAGGGGUUUUUUUUACACCUAGGGAUGACAACAACCAGUGAGCACAAGGGGUAAAGCACAGUUGGCUUGCAAGCUCCAAGUUCAGGAGGAGGAACUGCCUCAAACCAGGAGAGCAAGGGUCUUGCUUGCCACCUCCUGAAGCAGAUUGUGAGGGUUUCCUCCAGGUUGCUGAUGUGGUGGCACUUGAAAGCCAUCCCCUCUUGCCCCAGCACACACGUGGAGUGGUUGCUUGCAGCCCCACUCUGCAGUCCCCUUCCUUUAGCUGGAAAAUGAUAAUACUCCAUAUUUUUCACAUGACUGACCACAAACCUAUUAAUAACUGAAUUUAAAGCUGGUUCAGCUAGACAACUCAUUGCCUCCAAGGAGAGGAAAACCACAACUUCUUCCAUCCCUGGAAAAAACUUUUGUGACUGCAAGACCAGCAGCUCAGAUGUAGUGGAGGCUGUUCUGGUCUGCUGAUACACCUCAGUGGAGAACGUCAACCAGCAUGAGAGAGCUUGGCUUUUUUCUUCUGUUCCUCCUUCGCAUCUCCAGGAAGGGUGUGCAGUCCAACGGCUGGUCCGUCCACGUCCCAUCUGAUGUCACCGGUGAACUCGGGAAGAUGGUUAUCCUGCCCUGUACUUUCACACACCCCUACAAAACAUUUGACCGGACCCUCACUGCCAUUUGGAGGAUCAAGGAACCCUACAACGGCACAAUAGUUUUCAAGUGCAUCAGUCAGAGCACCAGUGAGCUCUGUAAGACUGCCAUCAGCCACAAAAACAAAUACAAACUGCUUGGCAACCCCCGGCACAAGGACCUUUCCAUCAGGAUUGACAAUCUGACCUGGAGUGACAGCGAGAGAUACUUCUGCCGGGUAGAGCUGUCCGGAGAUAUCCACAGCAAGUAUGAAAGCAGGAAUGGGAUAAAGCUGCAUUUGAUUGCUGCCCCCAGGAUCAUUAACAUCACCGUCAGCUCCAACAGGGAUCGCACCUUCCAGGCACGCUGCACCGCCGAGGGGGAGCCAGUGCCUGCCCUGACCUGGACCGGCCCACCCUACAGCAACAUCACCACCAUCACCAGCAUGAACCAUCGUGUCACCAAGGAGCUCCGGUACCUCAUCCACGAUGGAAAAUACACCUGUACUGCCGUCAACAGCCAUGGGAGAGCAGAGGGGGCUGUGUACUUCUAUAAAUUCAAAGCAUCCAACAGCUCCUUCUUCCUGAUCCUGAUCUUUGUGCCGCUGGGAAUCAAAGUGCUCAUUUUGCUGGUGAUACUGAGCUUCACCGCUUUCUCAAGAGGAGGUCCCUCCUCCACUCCAUCCAGCCUGGCCCGGCCACAGCCGCAAGACACCACCUACGAGAACUUUGACCGCAGAGACGGCAGUGGCCAGGCUUUGCCGGCAGAAAGAACAGCGUCAAGACGCAGCUGAGGACCUGGGCGGUCUCAUCCGCACCCGUCUGCACGGCUCCAACUCCUGCCUGCUCUGGACAAGGGUGCCUUUUCCCACUGAACAUAAAACUGACGCCGACUGAUACCCAGAAGGUCAAACAGGCCUUGCAGGUGCGUGACUUCCAGCCCCGCUGCUGCUUAUGAGCAAAAGAAGCCCUUAAAGGGAAAAACAGAAGAAGAAAAGAGGGGUGGAGCUGGAAGACCAAAAGAACUCUACAUCGGAUGCAUAGAAGCAUCCACAUAGGAUGUCAGUUCUAACCAGCCUGUGUGGUUUUAGCCUGUAUCAGAUAAUGUUUAGCAAGCAGGUAACAGUCUACCGUUUUCUCACAUCUUUUUGCUUUGGCAUUUUUCAAAUACUCCUUCUCAAAGCUUUCUUCACUGCUCCACUUGUCAAACCACACACAGCUUCCUAGAGCCAGCAAGUGUCUCAAGUUUCAAAUACCAGCUCUGAAAAAAACACUACUAGAAUUUUGGCUGGGUCUUUUUUGUUGUUUAUUAUUCUUCUUCCUUAACUUCCAAAAGGGUUUAAGAGUUUAAAGGAAAUCUUAACUUUCAAGAGCAGUCCAAGCAAAAGGAAAAAGAGGUUUUCCAAAAGGUGGCGGAGCUGAAAGCCAGGCAUGCAAAGGGUGCUCUGUACUGUAACUGCGCUGCAGCUCCUAGUGCCCAUGUGCACGCACCAGCAGAAUCUCAGAGCUUUGUGAUAAAUAUGCUGUGAAAAUGUUCCAAUAAACCAAAACAAUA